CUGACACAGGACUGACACCAACUGACGCAUUUCAAAUCACCAACAAAAGACAGCAACGCAGCAGCCAAUCGCCACAUCGAAGACACCAACAGCAACCAGCAGCUGUCUCACUUCAAGCGAAGAUCCUCUGAAAGAAGAAACAUCAAGAUCCAAUUCUCACUGAAGCUCUACCUCUACCUAGCUAGCUAGCGGUAGCUUGGACUGUAAAGCGUUGCCUUGACUCUUUCGUUUGCUGUUUGUCGGCCAUUUUUAAAUAAGCAUUCCAAAAAGAAGCAUGAAGGUAAUAUUGAGUGCGCAUCAUCUGUUGGUGGUUUCUGUGGUGACGUUCUUGGGUGCACCCACAGCUGUGUGUGCUUGGAACCCACACAAGGUAUCCAAGACGCAACCCGUCCGAAAGACUGUACGACGUGCUCUGGGAUAUCGAUCAUCGGCUACCACCAAUAUCCAGGAAAGGUCCAAUCGAGCCACUAUUUCUCUCGACCGGUACAAGCCUCCCACGAAAUCCAAGGUUCGAUCCACCAAGGCAAUCGCGCCCCGAGCCACCCGCAGUGUCCAGAGGAAAUUCGAUGCUACCGACAUCUCGCCCGAGAUAACUGAUGCAGUGGUCACAGGAGCGACGAGUUUCUUCCAGGCACUCUCGGUGAUAUUGAAGGGAUCCGUGUCAGCUGUCAAGGAUAUUGAGCCAAGCACCACGCAGGAAGAACGAGCCAAAAUCUCGCGCAGUGGCAAAGGCCUCUUCAAGUUGGGCAAGGACUUGGUUGGUUCCUCGGCGUCCUUUGUCAAGAACGGACUUUGGAAACGAAACGAUCCCAAGUUGACUUAUUCCGCUACUCGACCAGCUACUCGUGCCAUCCGGCCUGCCCGGGCCACCAGACCUGCCGAUGAAUCCUUUUUGGGAACUCGUCCCGUUGGCUCGUUGGGCACCCAUCCAGUGGUCGGUGGCGAUCGUCCCACCAUUUCUCUCUCGGCCGUCGAGGCUUCGCAAUACUAUGGAUUGAGUCCCUACGACAGUCGCAUCUAUCCCAAUGGAGUGGAUUACAUGAUGGUGCAUUGGCAAACCUUGCAAGAGACGGCGGGAAUGUGGCUGGAAGGUGCCCGCUGUUACACAUCGUCGGCCACGGCGGAAAUGGUACAGGGAUUCAAUAUCGCCUACGAAGAUGCCUUGGACAAAGUGGUCCAGUUUCAAUCCCAUGCCAUGAUGUCAUUCGAACCACCCAAGCACCACAUUCCCGCACCACAAGAUUUCUUUUUUGCCACCACUCGAACCUUCCCCAUUGUUAAUGACAACGUUCGAAAGGUGGCAUUUGUGUGUCCCACUCCUGUGAUUGAUCCAAAUGCACUCUACUUUGUCACAAUGUUGUGAGAAAGCAAGAGGAAACAAGGGUGCAUUCAGGAAAUAAUGGAUCAUCAUCAUCAUCGAUUGACUCUCAGAUUUAGUUUUUAAAGAAGGGACGUGCUCUCUUGUGGACCCUUCAACUAUGUGCUUACAUACAGUACGAUUCAUGUGUCCUGGUUUCUUCAUAAAGACCUCCAAGCUGCGACGACGACAAGAGAAAACAAAAGAGAUCUUCUUCAAGGCAGGCAGAGUAUUCAAAACACAACGCGGUUGGUUGGUCGCAACUCAACAAACAAUCAAAAAGCACUGUCGAGUAGCACUUCGUUAAUUUACCUUAGUUUCAACAGGACGGCCCGUUUCGU